AUGUUCUUGGUCCCAACGCAACACCAGUUCGUUGACAACCACGCAUCACUGCUCUCUUCAGGCUCGCCACAGCUUGGAGGUUCUCGCCCAGAAGCCGCUGCCAUCAGCUCGCUCCUGACCUCGCUCAGCACCUCUAUGGAACGCAGUGCUACCGAGUACUCGCAGUCAGGUUUGCCUUCGCCUUACCCAAGCAACUGCGGCGACACCCGUUCUGAAGGUUCAUCUGCAGAUCACGCAUCUGCUGCGCAAUACGCGACCCAACAAGAGGUUCGCCCCAGCAACUACUCUACCUCAGCGACGCCCACCUCCGAGUACAGCGUCUACCCGCCUUCUGCGCGGUCAGGAUCCUUCCCUGAACACAUUCAGCGAUCAUACCAUCCUGCUAGCAACCACAACGGUGGCAGCGGAGGCAUGGCGCAACAAGCAAGCAGUCCGUCUUUGCCCCAGCAAGAUGGCCGUAACCAUCAGGUCCCUCUGGCCAAGUCUGACCACGAUGUACCCAUAGAUCCGUCGAUAGCGGCGCCGAGUCCUACUUACGCGUACGGACAACACUCUCCCUACGGUCCUCCCCCGGGAGACAUGUCGCACUCCUACCAGCAUCCCGCCUACCAACCCCGUCCCGAUUGGACCGGCUACGGCCAACACAGCGCCGGUCCCCUGACUCCCGCAAGUCACGUCUUCCCUCCGACACCGAGCUCUGCCCCUCCCCAGGGACGACCCAGCCAGUUUGGCAACCAGGUAUACUCUUUCGUUCCGAUCCCCGGUGCCCAGCAGCAUAAGCGACCCCGUCGACGAUAUGAGGAGAUUGAGCGCAUGUACAAGUGUGGUUGGAAUGGCUGCGAGAAGGCUUACGGCACAUUGAACCAUCUCAACGCACAUGUCACAAUGCAGUCUCAUGGACAGAAGAGAACACCCGAAGAGUUCAAGGAAAUCCGCAAGGAAUGGAAGCAACGCAAGAAGGAGGAGGAGGCAGCUCGCAAGGCCGAGGACGAACGUCAGCGUCAAGCUGCAGCCGCUGCUCAGGCCGCUGCCCAGAACGGUUCAGGUGAUCCUCAGUCCGCACCUGACGGCUCAUCGUCAGCAUCUGCAUACGCGCCCGGUCGUCAGGUCCAGUUGCCGCCCAUCGGAUACCAGCCUUCGCAGUACCCUGCGCCCCCGUCCGCUGGAGGUGUCGCGCAGCAGCCUCUUCCCGAGUACAAUGGCUCCCACAUGUACUCGGCCAACUACCAACCUCAGUCUCCUUACGGCCAGCCGAACCAGAGCAUGUACAACUCACGUGAGUUUCAAAUCGUCUGCACGAAUGACCUCGGCGAACUAACUGUACAGGCAGAUAACGGUGCUCAGGCCUCAAGCCACUGA